AUGCACGGGCACAGCCACAACGGGCAGGCCCACGUGCCCCAGCGGAAACGCCGCAACCGCUUCAUCAAGAAGAACGGCCAAUGCAACGUCUACUUCGCCAACCUGAGCAACAAGUCGCAGCGCUACAUGGCAGACAUCUUCACCACAUGCGUGGACACGCGCUGGCGCUACAUGCUCAUGAUCUUUUCCGCGGCCUUCCUGGUGUCCUGGCUCUUUUUCGGCCUCCUCUUCUGGUGUAUCGCCUUCUUCCACGGUGACCUGGAGCCCGGCCCCGCGGUCCCUGUGGAGGGGGGCCCGGCAGGCUGCGGCGGAGGCGGGGCAGCCCCGGCCCCCAAGCCCUGCAUCAUGCACGUGAAUGGCUUUCUGGGCGCCUUCCUGUUCUCGGUGGAGACACAGACGACCAUAGGCUACGGCUUCCGCUGCGUGACGGAAGAGUGCCCGCUGGCGGUCAUCGCCGUGGUGGUCCAGUCCAUCGUGGGCUGUGUCAUCGACUCCUUCAUGAUCGGCACCAUCAUGGCCAAGAUGGCCCGGCCCAAGAAGCGGGCGCAGACGCUGCUGUUCAGCCACCACACGGUCAUCUCGGUGAGCGACGGCAAGCUCUGCCUGAUGUGGCACUUGGGCAACCUGCGCAAGAGCCACAUCGUGGAGGCCCAAGUGCGGGCCCAGCUCAUCAAGCCCUACAUUACCCAGGAGGGCGAGUACCUGCCGCUGGACCAGCGCGACCUCAAAGUGGGCUACGACAUUGGCCUGGACCGCAUCUUCCUGGUGUCGCCCAUCAUCAUCGUCCACGAGACCGACGAGGACAGCCCCCUCUACGGCAUGGGCAAGGAGGAGCUGGAGUCCAAGGACUUCGAGAUCGUGGUCAUUCUCGAGGGCAAGACUCCCUGGAAAAAUGGAAUUCCUCAGUGCACCCUCAGUGUGCAGGAGCGUGAGUGUGGAGGUAAAGCCCGUUUCAACCAUCUUAAGCAAAUGGGCACGAGGCGGAGGAGUAUGGGAUAUGUUGUGGACGGAAUGAAGGACCCAGCCCAGGAGCGAGAGACAGAGCUGGCCGCAGAGCUAGCUGGGUGUGGACUGGAUGCACUGGCCUUUGUCUCCUGUUCCCCCUGCGCCCUCGGAGGAAGACCUGGCUCUUCUCCCAUCACAGAGCGUGUGCCACACCUCAGAGUCUUUGACGAGGUAGAUUGA